AUUUGAUCUAAUCUAAAGUAGAAGCAGAGGCGACAGAUGCGCGUUAAAUCCCCGAUGGAGGGAAAAUUCACCAAAGCAGGAUGACAAAACAAAUAUCUGAGGGAAGAAAAGUUAGCAAAUCAAAUCGUUUUUGAGCUGACCUACAUAAAAUAUCCAAUUUAUUUCCAUUUCGUUCAUUGCAAACCUCUCUGUGUGGCUUGUGCGUUCUCCCGAAGCGCAAACGCGCGUCUUUCCACCUGCAGCUUGGGCGCGUUUGGGCAGCUGAUGUGUUUUUCAAUGACAGUUCAUCGAGCAGAGAAAAACUUGUGGAUCUGUAGUCGGUUCACACCCGACUUGUCACGGACAUAAUAGCGACAACAAACCAAGAGAAGGACGAUAAGAGUGAGUUAUUAAAGCCUGACGCUCAAAGUGCAACAUCUGGAGAUCAGCAGCAGCAGUCAUGGGCAACAGUGUGUCCGGAAUCAAAGCACUGCACAGGGGACAGCAGAACAGGUUUCAAAGACUUCCAAACUCACACAAAGACUCUCUGGGUGGACCGUUCCCCUCAACAGCUCACCGAUGCCACCACAAACCGAAGCGCUGUUUACCCUUGCAUCCGUGCGGAGGUGUCCCUGUGAGCCCCCUUCUCUUCCACCCCAACGCUAAAGGGUCUCAGAUAGUCAUGGAUCUAGCACAGAGGAGCGUUAAACGGCAGGCCAGCUUCUGCAAUGCAAUCACCUUCAGCAACCGGCCCAUUGCUCUUUAUGAGCAGGUCCGCUUAAAGAUAACUAAAAAGCAGUGCUGCUGGAGUGGCGCUCUCCGCCUGGGCUUCACUUCUAAAGACCCGUCUCGAAUCAACCCCGACAGUCUGCCCAAAUAUGCCUGCCCUGACCUGGUAUCCCAGAGCGGCUUCUGGGCUAAGGCCCUGCCAGAAGAGUUUGCAAACGAAGGAAACCUCAUUUCCUUCUGGGUGGAUAAGAAAGGGAGAGUAUUUUACCGCAUCAACGAUUCCAGCCCCAUGCUGUUCUUCAGCGGCGUUCGGACCACAGAGCCACUGUGGGCCCUCAUAGAUGUCUACGGUCUGACCAGAGGAGUGCAACUGCUGGACAGUGAAGUCGUCCCUCCAGACCUUCUCCGCCCACGAUCCUUCACCACAGUACGUGGAUCCACCUCUUUACGACGUGAAGUAGACACCUCCCGCCUGUCUGUCAGUCUUUGCGAUCUUAACCUUCAACAAGAUGAUGCCAGGCUUCGACUCCCUCCCGCUCCUGUUGCCUGUCCCAUUCCUCAAAAUUCCAUGAACUCCCAGCAGUCAUCACUGCUUCCUCACACCUUGGAAUGUGAUCUACGCUUCCACCAGCUCCGAGGUGCCCACAUCAAAACCCUUAAUGAACAGACCGUGGCACGAUCCGAACACAACCGUGACGAACGCACGCUAGUCUUCACGGAUCGCCCGCUGCGAAUUGGCGAAACCAUCUUCAUCAAAGUCAUUAAGUCCAGCCCUGCUCGAUCUGGGUCUCUUUCAUACGGUGUGACAUCAUGUGACCCAGCAGUCCUUCGCCCGAGUGACCUUCCUUACAAUCCUGAAGCACUGGUUGACCGUAAGGAAUUCUGGGCGGUGUGCAGGGUGCCUACUGCUUUGCAGAGUGGUGAUAUACUGGGCUUCCUGGUCACACAGGAAGGGGAAGUAAUUCUGAGUCAUAAUGGCACCAAUGUGGGGAUGCAGGUGUGUGUGGACAACUCACGACCACUCUGGAUGUUCUUUGGACUGCAUGGUGCUGUCACACAGCUGAGGAUUCUAGGCUCCACUUUCUUGGGUGAUGCUCGUGACCCGUCCAGUCCCAGCUCGCCCUCCGCCUCGCCCCUCUCACCCUCAGGCCUGUGUGGUGGAAGCCCAGAGCCCAGCUUAAAUGAACGCGGCUGUCCUGCUGCUUUCUGCAGUUCCACUGAAGGAACGACACCCAACUCACCCGUCAGUCUCCCCAAAUCCCCCACUUUCCCAUCUGCCUCAGGCUCAUGGCCAGAUGAGUGCUCUAUUUGCUAUGAAAACACAGUGGACACCGUCAUCUACGCCUGUGGACACAUGUGUCUCUGCUACACCUGCGGCCUCCGCCUCAAAAAGAUGGCCAACGCUAGCUGUCCUAUCUGUAGGAGAGCUAUCAAAGACAUUAUAAAGACCUACCGGAGCACUUAGGGGGGCCCACUUACCCCCCAAACCCCAUGUCACAUAAGGGCCAUUAAGGAUCUCUAAUAGAUCUCUGUUUCAAGAGAGGGUUGGUGUCACAGUUCAGGGACUUUCUCUGGCACUGCAUGGGUCUCCGUUCCCAUGGCGAUGACUUUUGAACCCUUGAACCUUCAAGGCUCAGGCAUCCAUUCGCAAAGGUCUUUUGUAUUUCAUGCUCAAGUCUCUGUUGCUAUGGUAACCAGUGAUGUUGCUGAUCCUCAGGAGCAUCUGGCUUUUCAACCGAUGUAAGACAAAAGUCAUAGACAGUAUCUCAUUGAUUUCAGGACAUUUCAGGUGAUACAGGAGAUAUUCAAGGUUGCACAUCUCCCAUUUCUUUUACCCUCUCUGUGAGCCAUAAUAGACCGCAGUAAUCUCAUUCAUAGCAUCGCUGAAUAUCCUUAAAAGCUGGAAUCAUAUUCAAUAGAGUGUUACAGUCUCUUAUUUUUUUCUUUUGCUGUCCUCAGAGCUAGUCAGACCAGCUAAGGCACUUUCACUGAUGAAAUUCAUACAAAAAUGUCUCAGUGUUUCACAAUUUUUGUCUGUGCUGGGCUGAGACAGAGAUAGGAAUACAGAUAUAAAGGUACAGUGCUUUUUUUUUCAUACCUCACCAUUUCAUGCUAGUUGUAUAACCGACAGCUUGUCCUUAUUAUGUACUCUGAAGUGAGCUGAUCUGGAGGUCUUUGUGCAUUGAUGACUAUUUGAUCAUGUGUUUCGUAAUGUAAUCUGAAGCUUUGGUAGGUAGCAGGUAAAAUCAGCUAAUGGUCUGCUAUAAUUUUGCUUAUGCGUGUGUUCAACAAGCAGGACGUCGUGGUGGAGUUACAGAGAAAUAAUUUGUUAUAACAAUACACAGGAAUGAUUAACCAAUGAGUCAUGUGGCAGAUUGUUAUAUAACAACUCAUUUCUGGACAAAAGAAGACUAAUAUUGGAUAUUUCAAUUCAUCCAACGGUGCUGGAUGUAAUUGUAAUGUAAUUGCCACAGAGAAGUGCGGUUUAAAUAGAGCACCUCACCUCACGACCCUAAAACAUGUUGACCUAAUCAGACGUUGAUUUACUGUGAACUUGUUCUUGACUGUCGAUCCGAACACGCAAGCUUUGGGUUUUCUGCAAAAGCAAUUGCAAUGUUGCCAUGGAGAGCAAAAUCUAGGAAGAAGGAAAACAGCCUUGAGGCAUUAACCAUUGAAAGAGUCAUUUGUGGUCAGAGGAUAUUUGAUUUGCACAGUUAAUCCAUAUUUCUCCCAUCCUCCCACAGCCGACAGUUUCUGUAGGCUAAAAAUGGUGUGUAUGGGGAUAAUAGUGAGCGCAGGCCACUGAUGAAAUAACAAAUUGAUUAAAAUAGAAUAUGUUAGGAAAACCAUAAGGCUGGCUCAACUUGCCCCCCAAAGCAAAGCCACAUUGAUGUUAAAAGUAACAUUUGACAGCAGACUUCUCUUUUGGACGAAUAUGUUCUUGAGGUUAUUGAAGGAUAAUUAUAUAGAAAGUCCUGCUGCUGUAAGAUAUAGUUGACUAGGUAUGUUCUAGGAAACAGGAGGACAUCUAGGGUUGUCACUGAGAGGUGAAUUUUAUCUCACUCUGAACCUGAUAUCCUGAUAUCUGAAGAACCUCUAUCCUUAAGGGUGAACCGCAUAGAUGAAAGUCACGAAAGCUGUUAAGAACGUGUCUGUGUCAUAUAUCGCCCCAAUUGUCAUGAAAAUGUUAUACUGCAAAAAUAUAUUAAUUCUUAUAAUAGGCUUGUUUUCUUUAUGCAAAACUUCUUAACUCUUUCCCCGCCAGCGUUUUUUUUUUUUUUUUUAUGCUAGCCAACGCCAGCGUUUUUGAUCGUUUUCACAAAAAUUCAUACAACAAAAUAUUCUGGGGACCAUGAAAUAUCUAAACAUGCAAUAUAUCAAAAGAAAGAAAAAAGUUUUAUUCUAGCUUCAUGCAUUAUUUUUAUCAAUGCUUGAAUGUGGGUAAGUUUCAUAAAAAAGCAACAUUUUAAACAAAAAGCUGAGAAAAUUGCAAAAAUUGUUUUGAUCUGGAGAUUCUCUACUCUUUCAGAAGAUAAUGUAAUAGCACCCCCUACUGUAUAACAGUAAAAAUACAGAAAGCCGGAAAAUUCCGUUAAUGGCGGGGAAAAAGUUAAUGAUCCUGAACAAUUUAGAAAUGUGGGAUGACCAUGUUUUUAUGAGAUUGGGAAGGUUAGAUAUCUUAUUCUGUCAGCAAACAGCAGUUUCGAUUUUUGGUUUUAGAUCUCCUAUGAACGUCACUUAUCCCAUGAUCCACAUUAAAUUCUGGAACAGACUCACCCCUGGUUUCACAGACAAGGCUUAAGCCUAGUCCUAGACUAAAAUGCAUGUUUGAGCUGUUUUAACUGAAAGCAACUUGCACUGGCAUAUCUUAUAAUAUGUCAGUGCCAUUGUUUUGUCUCAAGAUGCACACCAGUAAUGUUUUUUCUAAGGCAUGUUUAUAAAAGAUACUUAAAUGUCCCAAUUAAACUAAGGCCUAAUCCUGGUUUAAUCUAAGCCCUGUCUGUGGAACCAGGCCUCAUGCAGUGCUUUUAAGAAAUCCAGAUCACAUUUUGCAAUGGCAAAUAAGCAAAUGAGGACACAAUAACGUGCAUUUGUGUGUACGUGUGGAUGUUAAAGCAGCUCAAGAGAAAUAUCAGUGAACUACAGUGGACUGCAGGUUAAUAUUGUUCAUAACUAGCCAGUUAGCUUGUGUAAAGCAAUCGUGAUGACUGGCGCUUAAAUUCAUGCUGCUAUUAGUAUUAGCCAGCUCUCCUCCAGGCAAUGCUAACUCCGUGUCGAGAAAAUACCCUGUCACUCUUGACUCUCUUAAAGAGUUUUACUCUAUUGUUUGAAGUGGUGAUUCACUUUUGAAUGUUAAUUUAUGUUAAUUAGAGGAACCUUUUAGAAUAGCUGUAUCUGAGGUGUUGCUAUAGCGCAUUGUUUUUAUUAUUUUAUUUUUCUCUUUUUGAAUUAUUGGACCGAAAUUUAUGAUUGUAUAGUUUGCUUGUCAAUCCUCUGUGGUUUAUACAGCAAUGUAUUUCUUGAAUUUUGUGCUGGCUUUCUUGUAUUCAAGCUAUACUGAACAGUACACAAAUCAGGGGCUUAGCAGUAAACAAUCACAACCAACUUUUUGUUGGGAACGCAGGAUAAACUAAAGAUUAUGUACACUCCCUUUGAUAUCAGGAGUUUUUUGAUUUUAUUGGCAAUACAUUUUGUUCUGAGGUGUCUAUUUAUGGUGAAAUUUUACUGGUCUGAACUUGAUUAAAGUUCUGAAAAUGUCCUGGAGGCCUAAUAUUUCUGUUGAGAUCUUUUGUUAAGAUUUUUGGAAAACUUGAGCAAAUUGACUGAAGUUUUUAUUUAAAAAAAAAAAAAAAAAAAAAAAAAAAAAAACCUGGCACUUUUUCUGUAAAUUUCUGACACUUUUUAAGAUCAUCAAUAUUCCCCCAAAUUUAUUUUUCCCUAGUUUUAUAUUUAUCUAAUGAUGUCUUUUGCACAGUUUAGGGUGUAAUAUAAGGGCAAUCUUUGUGUUUCUGUCACUUUAUAAAAUUUGAUUGUAGGUUUUUUUUUUUUUUUUUGGACAUCAUCUUUAUGUUGAUAUUUGGACAAAAUGAAGCUAAUCCUGUUUGAACAAGUGUACUAAUCUUACCCCACAUUUCUAUCAUUUAAUGCUUGUAUGAAAUCGAAUAGGAUAUUUAUUUUCCAUUCGCGCUACUCACACCUUGUUUUUCUGAGGAUCUACAGAGGGACAUACAGUCCUUACAGACGUGCUACCAUUGGAUUUGAUUUCGAUUUUUGUCGACCCUGUAAUGUACUUUAUUUACCGCGUGUAGAGUAUGAUGUGUUGAAUCUGAUGUGUGUUGCAGAUUCUGUGGUAAAUGUCAUUUACCUUAUUUAGCUUUCCUCUUUUGGAAUUAUUUUUAAAUGAAAGAAAGAUAGAUAUAAUGAAAACAGCCAUAUUUGCACAUUGGCCAAUAAUUCUGUUUCAGAAAAAAAAAAAAAAAGUAUUUGAUGUUUUGUGAAGUAACCACAAAUGGGAUCAGGGAUUGCAUAAAUUAUCACCCCAACCUUAAAUAAUACUGAUCAAAUCUGAAUAUUUUUUCAAUAGUGACGAUGACAGAAGACUUUUUUUUUUAUCUUAUUAUAUACGUUUAAAAAAAAAAAAAAAAAAAAAGAUCAGAAUUGCUUUUCUUUGUCCUAUAUUGUUGUGUCCUGUUCGGCAUUUAUGACCAGUGUGUUUCGUUCACUCAUUACCCAUUGGUGAACAGUGGGACCAAACUAAUAUUGAUUCAAAAAAAGUACGAUUCCCUAUUCCCAGGGUUUAUUCAAGGGCUGUGUUAAAUGAAUCAUUGAUUCAUAGAGUCAAUGAGGUUAGUAGUGAUUUAGUCAAAAAUGGCUCGGCUUAUUGUGGCAUUCAAUUUUUGACUCAAACCCAUGUUCAGAUUUUUUUUUCUUCUUCUUAAUGUUUGUGAUCAGUUUAUGAAGCUUUGUUUUGUCUGAGUCAAAGAUGACUGUGUCAAUAAACUUUGCAGAUGCAUUUCA